AUGCAAAAAGGGACGACCUCCCCGGAGUUCUUCGGCUCAUUGAGCAGGAAACCGCCUACCUCGCUGGAGGAACUGAUGAAGAGGGCAGAAAAGUAUAUAAGGCAGGAUGAUGCCUUGAUGACGAGCAGAUUCGCCAAAGAAGCAGCUGAUAGGGGAAAAGCCCCAGAAGAAAGGAGGCCGGAAAGGCACGAGAAAAAGCAGAGCAAAAGGCCUGAGACCUACAGACAACCCUGGGACCGAAGGUACCAGAGACCAUUCCCCCCUCGGGUUCCAGAACAAAGACCAUUCCCCCCUCGAGUUCCAGAGAUCCUGACCCCACUCAACGCCUCCAGAGCCGAAGUGCUCAUGGCAGUCCAAAACAAGGAAUUCCUCCAAUGGCCAAAACCCAUGAGGGCUGAAGCAAGCCAGAGAGACCCUAACAAAUAUUGUCAGUAUCAUCGUACACACGGCCAUGACACCAACAAUUGCUAUCAGCUGAUCAGUGAAAUCAAAAGGCUGAUAAAAAGGGGGCAUCUCAGGAAUUUUGUGAAAAAACCAGAGGGGGAAAGGCCUCAGCAGAACCUCGCAGCAGAGAGACCUAGGAGGACGGGAGCAGGACCAGUGAAUGAUGGCUCCAGUGGAACCAUCAAUAUGAUUGUCAGAGGGACUGGAGGUCGGAUGAGCAGGAGAGAAAGGAAAAGAGGCCGAGGCGGGGAAGGUAGCAGUGCCGAGGUCAUGCAAGUAACAGAACAUUCUCCAAUGAUCAUCUCUUUCUCCCCAGAAGACGCUCGGGGCAUUCAGAUGCCGCACGAUGAUGCCCUUAUUAUCGAAGCCGUUAUCCACAACUACCGAGUCAGGAAGGUCCUCGUUGAUAAUGGAAGCAAGGUGAACCUAUUGCCGUACAGGGUCUUCCAACAAAUGAAAAUACCUGAAGAGCAGAAGGUCUGGGAUCAGGCCCUGGUGAAGGGGAUCGGAGGAGUCCCAGUGCUUGUGGAGGGAAAGGUGAAACUAGCUCUAACCCUCGGGGAAGCUCCUCUGGCACGAACUCACUACGCGGUGUUCCUGAUAGUGAAACUUCCCCUGAACUACAAUGCCAUAUUGGGAAGGCCGGUUUUAUACGAUUUCGAGGUGGUGACCAGUAUCAGAUACCUGGCCAUGAAUUUCCCAACAGAAGCGGGAGUGGAAACUGUCAGAGGAAGUCAGGAAGAGGCGAGAGCAGUAUACCUGGCCACGACAUCAGAGCCGAGCUCGGCAGGGGAAAAGUUUGACCCAGAAGUCCUAGAAGUCUGA